AUGUCGAGAUCAGCCUCACCGGAAGGGCUAUACGCCAACUCAUUCUCCCCGGCUCCAGCUCCGGCAGAUUACGUCCAAUAUCCGCCGACUGCCUCGUAUGAAUACCUCGCGGCUCCACCCUCCGCUCCCGGCUCCCCAUCCGGCUCUCGCCCAGUCUCGCCCGUCAUGGCCUACCCUCAGUACCCCGAGGGCGACCAAGAAGUCGAUGAGCUCGUCUCGGAUGAAGAUGGGAACCAAGGCCGCGGGGCAUCCCAAGGUGGAGCCGACGGGUCCGAUGGGGAAAACGAUGGCGAGGAGAUGGGAUCGCAUGACGAGGCAGAUCUAGAGGAGGCGGAAGAGGGAACUUCGGGGUGGAAAUGCGAGUGGGAUGGGUGUGGGCGAGAGUGGAAGGAGCAGAUCGGGCUUGUGAGGCACUUGGAGAAGACACAUAUACCCCGCGGCCGCGAAAAAUACCAGUGUCGAUGGUACAAUUGCCUUCGCAGAGGCAACAAGCCGUCUACACGCCACUCGUUGAUUACGCACUGUAGGAAGCACACAGGGCACAGGCCUUACGACUGCAAUCAGCCAAACUGCUCCAAAUCCUUCACCCGCUCGGACGCCCUCAACAAGCACCUCCGCUCCAUCCACCUCGUCCCUGCCGAAGAGGCAAUCUAUCGAUCCACCAAGCCUCGCGCGGCACCUCCCCGCCCCAAACCCAAACCACCACAAUCUCGCGCGUCCACUCUGAACUACAACCCCCUCCACAUGAGCGAAGAGCCGCGUCACGACCCGAUGGACGAGGAGGACUCCUUCAUGGACCUCAUUGAUCCUGCCCUCGGGCCUCAACCUCCUCAUCCGGACUCGGCGCAGUCGAGGGACAAGGGCAAAGCGUCCCGCUCAGCACCCUCCUCAGGGCGCAGUCGGCACCGGCAUAUCGCACCGCAGGGAUCCCAGGGCACGCCGUACGACAUGCUCCCCAGUCCCCUCCAGCCGCCAGUCCACGAUUACCCCCGCUCCCACGGCCAUGCCAGCCGCCACUCCCACUCCCGCCCCUCCCUCCCACCCAUGGUCAACGCGCCACCGAUCGUCGCUCCCGAUGGAGUCACGUACAUUCGGUACGGCUCCGACGCGGACCUCAUGACCGAUCCGGACCUCCUGGACGUCAUCCCCCGGAUCCGGAAACGCGGCACCGUCCAAAUCAGCCAAGAGGACCAACGGGCCAUCGCGUUCGUUCGCUCCCGAUACCCUCGGGAUCGGAUCGCGCGUGCGCGCCAGCAACCGCCCCAGCCUCCAUGGGUGGAAGACCAGCCCGUCGAGCCGGACACGGACGACUCGUUUGAUGAGGGCGUCGCGCGGUUUAGGGUGGACGAGAGCAAGACGCUCUUGGGGCAUAUAGGCGAAGAGGGGAUGUAUGGCGAGAGGGCGGUGUUUGGGCGGAGCAAGUGGCAGGCCAAGUAUAUUAUGGCCAAGGCGAAAUUGAUGCUGGCGGAGGAGGAGAUGAAGAUGCGGCAGGGAGAGUUGAUGGCGAUUUCGGAAGAGGAGAAUCAGUUGAGGCAGGCGUUGGAGGAUAUGAGGCAGACUGGAAUGGGGUUUCACUCAACCGCCACUGGAUCACAUGCUGUACGAAGGGCAUAUGAUUCAUCGCGGCAAAGUGCACCUCAUAAUGAGCCAUCCUGGGACACCUGGGACACCAGAGACGCCGCCCAAAAGGCUCGGGCGGAACGGCGUACAGUGUCCACGAUCGCGUCCACCGACUCCUGUCUCUCCAGAGCCUCCUUUUCGGUGUCCACAUCCACCUCGCCCGACAUCUCAGGCCCUUCGCGCAUCCCUGUCACAGCUCCUUGCAGCCUUGUUGGCGAGGAAUUUCAGGUCUGUUUGGGCGGCCAGGUGAUGGAUGAGACCGAGUUCGAUACUGUGGUUGUAUCCGUCCCACAGCUGUUUCUGUCUCACGGGGUCCUGGCCAAUGGUCUUGAUUGUCGCGUAGCGCUCAUCGUAGCUUGCCUUCCGGAGUGUCGGGGAAACAUCUUCGUAAUCGAAAGUCCUGAAUGGCGCAGUAGAAGCGAUGAAUUCUUGGCUGAGGUCCUUGGUGGUCUUUGGCUGAGGGGUCUCGGGGGCGCUGUCGGUCAAGCGGCCUUCGCGCAUCGUCGCUCUUCCCAUCGGGCCUGA